AUGGUCACGUACAACACGGAUGCCCAAGUUGGCGAAUCGUCGGCAUGCGCGACGGCACUUCUCUGCGGAGUUAAAGCCAAUUACGAGACCGUUGGUCUGGAUUCGUCGGCGCGCUUCGAGGAUUGUUACUCCAGUUCCGAGGCGCGCGUUCCUUCCCUUAUUAAUUGGGCCCAGGAUCAAGGCAAAUCGACGGGGCUGGUUACAACCACCAGGGUCACACACGCGACACCGGCGGCUCUUUAUGCGCAUGCAGCCAGCCGUUACUGGGAGGACGACGGCAAGGUGCCACCUGCUGCACGUACCUCCUGCAAAGACAUCGCGCGUCAGCUGCUCGAGAACGAGCCCGGCCGUAACAUCACCGUGGUCCUCGGUGGCGGUAGACGUCAUUUCGUACCAAAAGUGACUUUAGACCCUGAAGAGCCGGAUAAGGAAGGCAGACGACUGGACGGUCGAAAUCUCAUCGAGGAAUGGUCGAGAAAUCAUCGUCGGAAAAACAUACUCGCGAAAUACGUCCAUAACAAGGAGCAAUUUGAAAACGUGGAUCCGCGAAAAAUAAAUCGUCUCUUAGGUCUCUUCGCCUAUUCUCACAUGGACUUCGACGUCGACCGAAACACGAACGACACCGGCGAUCCUUCCCUGGCUGAGAUGACGAUUAAGGCACUUCGGAUACUUGAGAACAAUCCCGAGGGAUACUUCCUCUUCGUGGAAGGUGGAAGAAUCGACCACGCUCACCAUUACAACAACGCUUAUCGCGCCCUGGAUGAGACCCUGGCGUUGGAGGAAGCUGUCCAGGCGGUUAUGAAGGAGGUCGAUCUCACGGAAACGCUUCUCGUGGUAACGGCGGAUCACUCACACGUAUUAACCCUCGGUGGACUGGCGACACAUCGCGGGAAUCCCAUAUUCGGCUCUGACAGCAAGUUGUCGGACAUUGACGGACAGCCCUAUACCACGUUGCUGUACAGCAACGGCCCGGGUUACACGCAGCCGCGGAACAUCCUGCGGGAAGCUGGGAAGGAUUCCAUUCAGACGGCGGGAGUGCCGAGGGCGUGGGCGACGCACGGUGGCGAGGACGUGCCGGUGUUCGCCAUCGGGCCCCUGGCGAGCACCCUGUUCUCCGGCAGCGUCGACCAGAGCUACAUCCCGCACGCGAUCGCCUACGCCGCCUGUCUGGCCCAUCACGCCAGCCGCUGCUCACGUGAUCUUGCGGGCGGCAACGCCAGCGACACAAUGAGCGCCGCGCCGAUAAGCUGUCCCUCGGCGGAGCCCAACAGCGCGGCGAUAUCCAGCGACGUGAUGAACGACCAGGCGCGAAAUCAGCCCACGAAAUCCGCUGGUCCACCCCAUCGUCCACCUCCGUCGCUGCUGCUGCUGACGAUCACGACGACGCUGCUGGUUCUCCGGUGUACCUUCGAAAGGACGAGUUAAUGCGCCUUUACUAUCCUCCUUCCUCUUCCGCGUGUUCCAGAGUGUGGUGGAGAAGCCACUCGAGUAGCCGGGUUGUCCUGAUGCGGUAAUAAACGGUCGAUUGAGCGACCGCAGUGUAAAUUUGACGGGAGUGGCCGAGUUUCCAGGGCGAGUGUUAUUAUCGCUGGUGAACCGUUCAACAUAUCGUUUGCGCCGGUUUGCAACGAUCACGCGGUUGAAAGUCAUCGAGAGUUUGUUGGCGAACCAGCGAGAUACGUAUAAAGAGCGUAAACGUCAUUUUUGCGCGUGCUUUUCUUUUUUUAUUGGUUCACAGUUGGAAUUUUUUUGUUCA